AUGCAAAACAAUCAUAAUACCAUGCAAGUGAGCGACCUCCCUAGCAUUUAUCCUGAGCAAGGCCCCUCGUUGGUCAAGAAACGAAAGCUAUCCGAAGUCAAUCCAGCAGGAGCAGCUUCCGCCGGUGCUCAUACUCACCAUCGGCGAGCGGUUCGUAUUGUGGGUAGAAGUAAUAGUCAAGCCACCAAUGAUAGCACUGUCGAUCCUCAGAUUUCUUUGCUUUCCAUGCUACGGAGGCAAGGAGUCGAUGGUACUACUGCCAUCGCCGUUGAAAAAGCCAACACCUUUUUCGAUGAUGUCAUUACAGAAGCGGAACUCGAAGCUUACGAUCAGGAAGUUUUGCGUGCGAUCCGAGAUUCCGAUUUGGAAACUCUUCGAAGCUUUUACAAAUCCAACCGACCACUCAAAUGUUCCAAUCGAUUUGGCGAAUCGUUGCUGCAUUUGGCCUGCCGCAAGAGUCUAUCGCCUGUUGUGAAACUCUUGGUGUACGAAGCGGGGGUUCCAUUGAAUAUUCGAGAUGAUAUGGGCCGAAGCCCGUUGCACGAUGCCUUUUGGACCCCCACAGUGAAUUGUGAACUCGUAGAUCUCAUUUUGAACAAGUGUCCUGAUCUACUAUUGCUUCCUGAUAAGCGAGGACACACACCGCUGAACUAUGCUCGCAAGGACCACUGGCCUGAAUGGAACAAGUACCUUGAGGACAGACAACACAUGAUCCUACCCAAAACAUUGAAUCUACCAAUGUGCUCACCAUGA